UUCCUUCUUUCUUGUCUCUCUCUCUCUCUCUCUCUAUCUCUCGAUCCUCUCCAGACGCCGUUCUCCGGGCCUUCGUUCUCUUUCUUUCUUCGCUCUCUCUCUUGCGUGAAAUAUCUCGCGACGGCCGCGACGAAAAGACGACGCGAGCCGAAGAGGAGGUGCCAUAUUCUCGCGUACGAGCGAUCCUGGAUUCAGCUGCACGAAAAUGAUCACGGCGUUGCCGGUACCUUCGGUGAAGGUCUUCCACAAGACUUAUUACCAGGAGAAGAGCUCGCGGAUAGGAAACAGCCAGCCGGGUAGUCCGCUGGCGGAAAGCGAAGCGGUGCUGGCGAUGAUAGACAAGGAGCCGCCGGAAUAUUAUUUUUGCGGAAAGGUCAAUUCGCUGUACGUCGUCGUCGGCUCGCUGCUGCUGGGAGCGGUGGUGCUGGUCGUCGGUCUGGUGCAACUCGCGCCGGGCGCAGAGGCCGCUCAGAACUCGGCGGCGUUGAUCCUCGCCGGGAGCUGCCUCCUGAUGAUAGGGAUGAUCCUCGCGCCGUUGCGAGCCAUCUGCAUCAGGAGGCAGAGCGCGGCCCAGAAGGACGGCACCCAUCAGCGCAGCGUCACCAGUAUAGACAUGCUGCUGGCCCAGCACAGGGACUUCACGGUCCUGACCCCGGACGAGCUCGAGGACCUCGUCGGCCGGCCGGCGUCCAACAAUCUGGAGAACAAGCCGCACCGGCAGGGCCACAACACCUAGGUACCGAUCGCCUCGAGGAGGGCACCACCGCCCUCCGCGUUGUCGUCGUCCCCGCCGUGCUCGAGCACCACCACACCGCCGUCGUCUGCCGCGUCGCCAGGACCAAGUUCCUCCAUUCUGUACACGCAUCAUUACGAUACGCGCGAGCAUAGUUUGGUUUAAAUCGAUGUGCACUCACCGCCGCCGUCAUGUUAGCGUAGGGCCUUUGCGCACACGGGCCUCCACACGCAUUUUUUCUAACGCGUGCACCGCGCAG